CUGGGUGACACGAAAAACAAUGUCUUGAAUGGGUCCGGUUAUGUUUGACGAAUAAGCCAACUAGCAAAAUGUCAACCAGAUCGCAACUUACGAAAGAUUUAAAUGAAUCGGUGAAAGCAUUACUUGGUAAGCAUGUGAAGAUAUUAUUAAAAAACGUUGUGAAAUUGGAAACAAAGCAGGAUAAACAAGAAAAUCGUGUUCUAGUUUUUUCACCAUGCCGUCUUUUUCUUUUAACGGCCAAAGUACCUACAAGGCUCGACUGCCAUUUCCAUUAUUUAGAAAUAACAUCUAUAGAAUCCAAAAGAGCAAACCAGUUAUCUUUAACCGUUGGAGAGAGGUAUUACAAUUUUACUACUACAGGAGCAGGUGCAGAUACUACAGAAGUAGAUGCAAUGAUCGAGGCCUUACAUACUGCAAUUCGAAAUAUCUUUCCCACGGUACCCUUAAAUUAUAUUAUAAGAAAAAUAGAGGUAAUACCAGCUAGUAGACUGCAAAGUAUAAGGGGUAGCGAAUUAGCUAGAAGUACAGAAGCAACAAGACACACAGGUCCCUGUGGUGGGUUUUCAACCCAGUAUGCAUGCAUGUGUGAUUUACAUGGUGUACCAUAUAGAGAAGAAGUUGCUUGGGACGUUGAUACAAUAUACCUCUCUCACGACACAAGGGAAUUAAAUUUAAGAGACUUUGAUCAUUUAGAUCAGAAGGAUUUGGUGCCAAUCAUCUCUGCCUUGGAAUAUAACACUUGGUUUACAAAGUUGAGAGCAUCUCAUUUGAAAUUAAGUCACGAACCUUUGGAACGAUUGUUACAUGUUAUGCGCAGAUCUCUUUCCAUUCAAGAACUAUAUUUAGAUAAUCUUGGAAUUAAGUGGGAUUUUGCCCAUAAGUUAUCAUUAGCUUUAAUCUCUAACGCUAAUACAAUAUUGCAAACUAUUGAUCUAUCAUAUAAUACUAUUGAAGAUAAAGGCGCCUCUAGCUUGUGUGGUAUAAUUGCCAAGUUAAUGCAAGGAGGUGCACAUUUAAGUGGACCUAUUGGUAAGCUGCCUAAAGGUUUACAAAAAUUAAAUUUAGCACACUGCGGAUUAACAGGAAAGGGAAUAAGUCAAAUUGCACAUGCAUUAAGUUUAAAUAGGAGUAUGCCAACAAGUUUGCAAUAUUUGAAUCUUUCCGAGAACUCAUUAAAAGACGACAUUAAUAAUUUGUGCAAUUUCUUGGCACAACCUAAUAGCCUAACUCAUUUAGAUCUAAGCGGUACAGAUACUACAUUAGAAUGUCUGUUUGGUGCUUUACUACGGGGUUGUGCAACUAAUCUAGUCCAUUUAAAUGUCGCUCGCAACUCUUUUUCAAGCAAAAAGACCAAAGAAAUACCUCCCAGCUUUAAACAGUUUUUCACAGCUACACUUUCACUGAAGUACUUAAAUAUAUCUUGCUGUAAAUUGCCACUAGAAGCGUUAAAGCAUUUGUUACUUGGCUUGGCAUGCAAUGAAAGUACAGUUGGUUUAGAACUUGACAUGAGUGGAAACAACUUGGGUUCCAUGGGUGCUCAUGUGCUAGAGUCAUGUAUACAUGGUGUACGAUGCAUAGCAUCAUUGGAUAUUUCAGACAGCAACAUGGAUGUUGAUUUAGCACAAGUAGUAACUGCUGUCGGAAAAAACAAAUCUAUUAAACAAUUAUACAUGGGUCGUAACACUGUUAGUAUGAAAAGUAAACAUAUUGCCAUCGUGAUGGAUGCCCUUGUGCAAAUGCUUCAAGAAGACGAUUGCGUGUUGCAAGCGUUACAUUUACCGGAUUCUCGAUUAAAGUCUGAUCUCUACAACCUUAUUAAUGCUCUUGGUAGUAAUACGUGUCUUCAUACUCUAGAUAUUAGUGGUAAUCAAAUUGGAGAUCCUGGUGCAAGAUUAUUAGCAAAAGCACUGCAGAUUAACAAUCAUUUGAGGACCAUUAUUUACGAUAAGAAUAACAUUACACUUCAAGGUUAUGCAGACAUUGUUCAUGCUUUGGAAAAAAAUUGUAGUGUCAGACACAUGCCAUUCCCAAUUUAUGAUCUGCAACCGUGCAUGAAAACGUCUGCUGAGAAAACUGAACAAUUAGCCAAAAAAAUACAAGAUCUGUUACAAAGAAAUGUUACACCAUGUAAAUACAGUCAUGGUCAGGCCUUUAGACUACAACAAGGAUUUUUAUUAAGUUCUACGCAACAAAUGGUUGAUAGACUUGUUGUACAAACUCAGGAUACUAUUAAAGCCAUUGCCGCGGAAAGUUGUGAUGCAAACAACGAUAUUAAUUAUGCAACUGGACUUAUACAAGAUGCAGAUAAUUCGAAGCAGCUUUUACCGAGACUACAUGAAGUUCUUCAACGACGGGAUGAAAAUAAUCCAAUUGAAUUGAAAUUACACGAUAUGGCAAAUGAACUUCAUAAAGUUGUAACUAUGUAUUUACAGGAUUCGUUAGAUGCCAUGGUAAAAUGUGCAAAUGAGCAAUGUCCUACCAUACUUCAGCAGACGGUAAUCAGAGGAGAUGAAAGUGAAUCAAUUGCCGUGGAAGAUGACCUACGUAAUAGUUGCAAGGAGAAAAACCAAAUCAGUAGUGAAUUUAUACAUGCUACUAUUACUGAACAAGCUGGAGCAGAUAUAGUCAAUAGAGUCAAUGAAUUAAAUUUAGCUGUUGCUGCUCAUGUGUCUGAUAGAAUAACAGAUGAAGUAAUUGAGUCGUUAUCAAGAAGUUACAAAAAUUUGAUUGGCGAUUGCGAUAGUAGAACAAGAAGUAGCACGCCAGAUGUACUGCGGCCUAGUGCUGGUUCAAUGAGCAGUGGAAGUGUUAUAGGUGUUACAAGCACAGUAGGUGUAUCUACAACAUUAGCCAUUGGUAGAACAAGUCUUGCAUCAGAAGAAGAUUGUCCACCUGAAACUUAUUCGUUAAUAAAUUCCAUUGGCCAGUGUUCUAGUGAUCAAUCUCCAAUGAAAUUGGAUUAUUUAAAUCUUGCUACACCACACCUAUCAAAUAAACGUAAAAGUUUACACGGAAGAAAAUUAAGACCUAAGUCUGUAGUUGAUUCCGUUGAAGGACUUUCUGCUGACGACAUUCCUGAUCUACUACCUCCAUUGCCAAAAAGUCAGGCAGAAGCAAUUUCAGAAACAGAACAUUCUUUAACCGAGUCAUUAGAUUCUGUUUCGGAAUUACCCAAUACUGUGAGUCAACAAUUACAACAUUUAGUGAAAUCUAGACCUCGUAGAACAAAAACUAGAGCACCUACGAGACCAAUGUUAAGACCAGACCAACCAAUGGAUGGCCUUGCACUUGGAGAGGGCCUUGAUGUAUUUUUUCGACCAACUACGCCAACAACUCCUCUUAUAUCUCCAACAAGCGACGAUAGCUCUUUACAUACAUUUCCAACUGAUGGUAGUCCAAAUUUAUCUCUCACAAGCCACAAAAGUAUUCCACCUGACACGGAUAAGAAACCUGGUUGCAGUUCACCAAUGUUAAAAACACUUCUUGAACCUACACCACGAUCACGGUCUAGCGAUAAUUUGGAAAAGUUUUCGCCUCUCGUCGGUAGAAGAUCUCAAGAUAGGGAUGUAUCUCUUGCAACGUCUGUUCCUAAAGAUUACGAAAGCAGAAGAAGUUUAACGAAAAAAUCUGCAGUGGAAAUAGACAAGUCUGCAAGCCAGCCACUGCCUUCCCUUAAACUAAGAUCGACAGGUUUUGAUCUUAGAAGUCCAACGAAUGGCAGUAGUACAAAGAAUAAUUCAGAGGCAUCAAAGUCUCCAGUAUUAAAACCUUCAACCAAAGGAAAUAGUUCCACUAGCGAUGGAAAAAGUAACGGUGCUCUUUCAAAGACUAAAUUAACUCCUCCUGCGACAGCUCCAAAACCAAGGCCUUGGAGUAUGGCCACUGAUAGAAAAUCCGGUGAGUUUUAUAACUUUAAAGUGAAUGAUUCUGGCGAUGCUCUUGAUGAAUCCACAGAUAGUGGCGUAAGUGGCCCUGCUUCAUUGCCGCCAACGUUAUCAGCAAGUAGUACUGCUAGUUCUUUAAGCAAUACAAGUGUAGAAAAGCGAUCUGUCAGGGAAUUGGCAGCUAGUUUAAACAAAAGUAAACCAGAAAGGAAAGAAAACGAACAUACCGCACCUGCAGCAUGGAGGUCGGUGCUUCAACGUUCUAUCAAUCAACCAGAUGCCAAGGUAACGGAAGUGCCGAAAACAGUUGAAGAGAAUCAAAUGAAUUAUAAACUUCGACGUACUUCAUUUUUACGUGAUUCAAAUUUUAACUAUAAUAAUAACGAUGUAGUUGACGUUUGA